UGUACAAAAAUUAGUAGACAACAUGAAAAGUGACAGGUGCAGUUAGAUUUUCAUUAACGUAACGAUCAAUGUAUAUUACUAAGCAAAUCUGAUCACUAAAAUUUAUUAUGGGCCAUUAUUCAUAAUAUUAUUUAUGUAGAUAUUAAUGAACACAUGGCGCGCGACUCAUUCAGGAAUAACCUAUAAUAAACAUGGCAAAAGAAGUGCAGAAAUGUUUGAUUAAUUAUUUCUCGCAGCUGGAGAAAGUCGACUACAAAUGGAAAGAGCUGUCCGAAGAAGCUGAACGACCUCUGCAAGCCUUAAAGAAUCAAUCACAACAACUGCGACUUAUAACAAGCAAAGAGGUCGAUGACGCAGAACUCUGUGAAAUGGACGAAGUGCGAGAAAGAUUGAUUUUUAAAAUCCUUAUGGGAAUUAACAACGAGCUUGAACUGAUUAUGGAUAUUCUGACACGCUUCAAUAAUGUUAAUCAGGAUCUUAAAAAUCGAUUGAGGAAUUUAGAAAGUGCUCGAAGUAAAGUUUCACCGGACGAAGAAACAAUGCAGCAAUUAAUUAAUGGAACGCCCUACAGGCCGAGAUUAAAUUUACUCUUAGAAUGGGGUGUUGACGCUUUUAAUUACUAUCACGAAAUAUACCUUUCGAUUAAUCAAAGUGUUAAAGAGUUCGAUUACAAAAACGAAGAAACGAUUGAAAAUUUGAGUAAAUCUUUCGUUGAGGACAGACACAAAAGAGCACGCAUAGAUAGAAUACUUGGUUUCACGCAAUUCUUAGCAAAAGAAAAUACUCGCUGAACUUUUAUCGAAUUUGUAUAUCAAUUUAUAAAAAAAGCAUUGUACAAUGAAAUUUUGUAUACAAAUAUUUCUAUUGUAUUUAUUAAUAUUAACGA